AUGUUAAAACGUAAAAUUGAAGGUCGGUUUUGCGAAAAAAAAGUAAGCGCCGGUCGAUCAGUUGAACAAUUUAUAGCCGAAUUGGAUAUUAUAUUAGAAAAUCUAGAUGAUACAUCUAUUAGUAAAACAAAUGGAAAACAUAAACAACUACGUGAAAUAAUUUCAUGUGAUAAUUUAUUAGAAACAAUUCAAUUGAAUCAAUACCAAAUUACUAAAUGUCCUGUUAUAACUGAAAAAAAGAAGAAUUAUGAUAGACUUGUCAAACGACUGAAACAUAAGCUUCGUUCGACUUGUAUAGUUCUUAAAAAAAAAACAGACAAAUCUAAAGUUUUUCAUUGGGGUAAAUUACAAGAUUAUCACAGAAAAUCCGAUGAAUAUAUGGAAAAAACUGAAGCAUAUGAAUGUUUGCACCAAAAUACUCCAUUACCAAAUUUAAUUGAACGUACCAAUAAAUAUUUAUUAAAUUUAAGAUUAAUUAAAUGGAUUACACAGAAACAAUAUGAACAACUUAGCAUUAAACCAAACGAAGUGGAAUUAGCUCAUCUUUAUUAUUUACCAAAAGCUCAUAAACCUGGCGCUCCACUCCGUCCAAUUAUUUCUGGUCUCAAUCAUCCAACUAUAAAAAUAUCAAAGUUUCUCGAUGAAUUACUUCGACCACUAUUUAAUAAAAUAACAUCCAAUACAACUGCUACUUCUGGAACUGAACUUAUUAAACAGUUACAUCAAUGGUCAACAUGUAAUCGACGUCAAGAAACUUUAUUAUGUACAAUGGAUGUUUUAAAUUUUUAUACGAUGAUACCACAAACAGACGGGAUUUUUUCAAUUAAAAAAAUGUUAGAUCCCUUACACAUAAAACAAAUUAAUGGUCUAAAAAUUGAAACUAUUAUUCGUUCAUGUCGAUUCGUGGUACAUAAUAAUUAUUUUUCUUACAAUGGUAAAUAUUAUCAUCAAGUACGUGGUGGUGCUAUGGGUUCUCCGUUAACAUUGACAAUUGCUAAUUGUUAUAUGUUCUUUUUUGAACAAGAUAUCGUGAAGCAAAUCAAUAAUAGUGGUGGACUCUAUGUGCUAGAUAUUGAUGAUAUAUUUAUUACCAUCAACUGGCCUACUCAACAUCUAUUUAAAUAA